CCGAUUCCUACGAACAAAAACUCGGCAAUCUCUCCACCGCUUCUCUCAGAAGGCCAGAACCCCGCAAAACUCUUGCCCUGUUCCGGCGCGCUGCUUCAGGAACUGAGUUUUGAUCACACAAGCCGACGCAUGAUGGCGCGCAGGCCGGGGGCAGGGGAGGAGAGGCCGUGGAAGCUGGCUGAACAUGCGAGGCUGGGGAAAGGGAAGGUGGUGGGCGUGGUGGUGCUGGACGGCUGGGGCGAGGCGCCGCCCGACCCCUUCAACUGCAUCCACGUCGCCGACACCCCCACCCUCGACGCCCUCAAGAAGGGUGCUCCGGAGAGGUGGAGGCUGAUCAAAGCUCACGGCACGGCCGUGGGGCUGCCUACGGAUGAUGACAUGGGGAACAGCGAGGUCGGCCACAAUGCGCUAGGAGCCGGCCAGAUAUAUGCCCAAGGUGCAAAACUGGUGGAUUUGGCGCUCGCCUCUGGGAAGAUAUAUGAGGGGGAGGGUUUUAAGUACAUCCAGCAGUCGUUUGAGACUGGUACUUUGCACCUCAUUGGUUUGCUGAGCGAUGGGGGGGUGCAUUCAAGGAUCGACCAGCUGCAGCUGCUUCUGAAGGGGGCUAGUGAACAUGGAGCAAAGAGGAUACGGGUUCAUAUCCUUACCGACGGUCGCGACGUAUUGGAUGGCAGCAGUGUCACAUUCGUGGAAACGCUUGAGAAUGAUCUGGCAAAGCUACGGGAGAAGGGUGUUGAUGCAAGAAUUGCAUCUGGUGGAGGCAGGAUGUAUGUUACGAUGGACCGCUAUGAGAAUGAUUGGCAAGUUGUGAAGCGUGGCUGGGAUGCGCAGGUUCUUGGUGAAACCCCACACAAGUUUCCAAGUGCCCUUGAAGCCGUGAAGAAGCUGAGGGAUGAUCCCAAGGCCAAUGACCAGUAUUUACCCCCGUUCGUCGUCCUCGAUGAAAGCGGAAAACCGGUUGGGCCCAUAGUGGAUGGAGACGCUGUUGUGACAUUUAACUUCAGAGCUGAUCGAAUGGUGAUGCUUGCAAAGGCGCUAGAGUACGAGGAUUUCGACAAAUUCGACCGUGUCAGAUUCCCGAGGAUUCGCUACGCCGGUAUGCUUCAGUAUGACGGCGAACUAAAGCUACCAAGUCAUUACCUUGUUGCUCCCCCGGAGAUAGAGAGGACGUCCGGUGAGUACCUGGCGCGCAACGGCGUACGCACCUACGCUUGCAGCGAGACUGUGAAAUUUGGUCAUGUCACCUUUUUCUGGAACGGGAAUCGGUCGGGCUACUUCAACCCAAACCUGGAAAGAUACGAAGAAAUUCCAAGUGACACCGGCAUACCCUUCAAUGUACAGCCAAGAAUGAAGGCCGUGGAAGUUGCAGAGAAGGCACGGGAUGCCAUCCUCAGUGGCAAAUUUGAUCAGGUACGGGUAAACAUCCCGAAUGCAGACAUGGUUGGGCACACAGGUGACCUUGAAGCCACCAUCGUUGGGUGCAAGGCCGCUGAUGAAGCCGUCAAGAUUAUUCUUGACGCCAUUGAACAAGUAGGUGGCAUCUUCGUGGUCACCGCAGACCACGGCAAUGCCGAGGACAUGGUGAAAAGAGACAAAUCCAGGAAACCAAUUCGCGACAAAGACGGGAAUGUGCAGCCCCUUACCUCACACACACUGAAUCCAGUCCCCAUCGCCAUCGGAGGUCCAGGGCUUGCGCCAGGGGCUACAUUCCGGGAGGACCUUCCGGAUGCCGGGCUUGCCAACGUUGCGGCGACAGUCAUCAACCUCCAUGGUUUCGAGGCCCCUCAUCACUAUGAGCCAACUCUCAUCCAAGUCUCGCCGGUUCCCUUCUGAGUUCUUCAUCUGCCGUUCCCCUUCCCUUUCUGUGAUGGGCGCAGCCAUGCUUAUGUCUACGUAGUAAAUAAAUGUCCACCUAUGUAUCUUUUUCUUUCUUUGAUUUGAAUUGAUGUCCACUUCUGUAUCUGAAUCCGUCCGUGUGUGGUGAUACCGUAUCCGUAUGUAGUA